AUGUCCACCGUCACAACCACUGCCACAACCAAUUCCAUAUUAGAUAAUCCAAAACAACCAAAGUUGAAAGGAUGGGUUCAAACGGCAUCAAAAUCAGCUCCAAAACAGAAUUCGAGGAAACAAAAUAAAGCAAAGGCUCAUCCUUCUCUACCCAAGGCUGAGAAUGACGUAGUAGAGUCAGUUCAAGGUGAAAAAAAUAUAGAAAAUACAACUGUUCCACGUCAAACAGCUAAAAAGUACAAACAGCCUAAGAGACCACCCUUUAAUAGAGACGAGGUUCGAGAGUUCAUGAACUCCCUAUUCAAACAAUAUGCAGAAAGUAAGGAUACACAAUCGACUAAAGAACUUUUUGCUCUAAGUGGCGGAACAAAGAAUGCUUCUUCUGAUUGGGGUACCGUUACCACUUCUAAAUAUAAAAAUAAAAACAAAAAAUAUGCAUGUUUGAAUAAUGUGGCCAGAUAUUUAAAGAAUUAA